AUGAGGAAGCGGACCGAGCCCGUCGCCUUGGAGCAUGAGCGCUGCGCCGCCGCGGGCUCGUCCUCCUCCGGCUCGGCCGCCGCGGCGCUGGACGCCGACUGCCGUCUGAAGCAGAACCUGCGCCUGACCGGCACCGGGCCGGCCGAGCCGCGCUGCGCAGCUGACGCUGGAAUGAAGCGGGCGCUGGGCAGGCGAAAGGGCCUGUGGUUGCGCCUGAGGAAGAUACUUCUCUGUGUUUUGGGGUUGUACAUUGCCAUUCCAUUUCUCAUCAAACUGUGUCCUGGAAUACAGGCCAAACUGAUUUUCUUGAAUUUCGUGAGGGUUCCCUAUUUCAUUGACUUGAAAAAACCACAGGAUCAAGGUUUGAAUCACACGUGUAACUACUACCUGCAGCCAGAGGAAGAUGUGUCCGUUGGAGUCUGGCACACUGUUCCUGCUGUCUGGUGGAAGAACGCCCAAGGCAAAGACCAGAUGUGGUACGAGGAUGCUUUGGCUUCCAGCCACCCUAUCAUUCUGUACCUGCAUGGGAACGCAGGUACCAGAGGAGGUGACCACCGCGUGGAGCUUUACAAGGUGCUGAGUUCCCUUGGUUACCAUGUGGUCACCUUUGACUACAGAGGUUGGGGCGACUCGGUGGGAACGCCGUCUGAGCGGGGCAUGACUUACGACGCACUUCACGUUUUUGACUGGAUCAAAGCACGAAGUGGCGACAACCCCGUGUACAUCUGGGGCCACUCCCUGGGCACUGGUGUGGCAACAAAUCUGGUGCGGCGUCUCUGUGAGCGAGAGACGCCUCCAGAUGCCCUAAUUUUGGAAUCUCCAUUCACUAAUAUCCGUGAAGAAGCUAAGAGCCAUCCAUUUUCAGUGAUAUAUCGAUACUUCCCUGGGUUUGACUGGUUCUUCCUUGAUCCUAUUACAAGCAGUGGAAUUAAAUUUGCAAAUGAUGAAAAUGUGAAGCACAUCUCCUGUCCCCUGCUCAUCCUGCACGCUGAGGAUGACCCGGUGGUGCCCUUCCAGCUUGGCAGAAAGCUCUACAGCAUCGCCGCACCAGCUCGAAGCUUCCGAGACUUCAAAGUGCAGUUUGUGCCCUUCCGUUCGGAUCUUGGCUACAGGCACAAAUAUAUCUACAAGAGCCCCGAGCUCCCACGGAUCCUGAGCUACUUCCUGAAGAGACGCUGUGCUCGACUGCCCUACACUGGCAGGACAUGGGCUGCAGACCGGAGGGUCAUGAGUAGCCACCUGGGCCUAGGUGCAGAGCCCAAGCCUGAGGGUGAGGCCUUGGCAGUAGUGACAAGGGCAGCGUGUGGAGCGGACCAACACCUGCCCUCCGCUGCACUGCCCUGGGCCCCAUGCAGGUUGCUGCCAAGACUCGCCUACCUGCCUGUCAGAGGAUACAAGCCCCACUCCACCGCCUGGCUGUGUGGCCUUGGGCAAGAUGCUAACCCUCCCUGUGCAUGGGACAAAGCUUCUAAGCCUAGGAGGGUGUGGUGCUUUGACCCUGAGCACUGGACCCAUGGACAGGGCUUCUGCUAAUGGUGACAGUGUUGUGCCAGCUGGCUCCAAAGAGCAGGUCAAGGUGCCAGUUUUUCUCUGCAGGGGACUGAGAUUGGUGGCCAGAAUCACCUCCUAGUGCUGUAUAUCCCAGGAGUAACUUCUGCUUUUCUUCAGCUGCCUUUGGAAGUUCCAGAGGCAGAGCUAUGUCCUGUUAGCGGCCUGCCGUUCCCGGGCACAGGUGCCUGGGUUGCUGAGGGACAGUGAGCUGAGGGAGCACAGGUUUGCUUUGGGUUUCUCACCUUCCCCAUCAUAAAAGGAAGACAUUUAUAGAAAAUCGAGACCAGAGUGUGUAACUGCGAAGCUGAGAGUCAAGAACCAGAGCCCUGGCCUUGUCUCUGCCUGUGUGUUGGGCUUUGACUUGGCACUGUGAGCUCAUGCCCUGCCUACCUCACUGAGUGCUGCUCUGGGCUGAGCGAGUCUGCCGGGCUUCUGGCUGCCUUCUUUCCGUGCAGCCUCUGUCUGGCCUCCUUAGAUCUCAGUGAGGACUGUGGGGAGGGAUCUCUGGUCUGACCUCAGAUGAUUGGCUCCUGAUUGUCCUGUGGUCUAGGGAAUUCCUGGGGAAGUCGGAGCCUGAGCACCAGCACUGAGCCUGGCCGUGGGAAGGAAGCAUGAAGACCUCUGCCCUCUUCCCCUUUUCCUCCAGUCAGCAGCCCGGCACCCUGGAGCCCCGGGGGAGGCCAGCAUCUGCGAUGCUCAGGAGCCCCGUUCACACCUGGAGAGGACUCAGAUGCCAGGGGGGAGGCCCCUGCAGGCCUGCAGUGCCCGGAGGCCUGGGCAUGGCUCUACGUGGAAAGCCCAGGUGGCAGGCAUGUGGCCUUCUCUUCUUGCUGCCACUCAGCUUGAGAUCUUGUUGGGAGACUUACUGACAGUAGCUGGCCAUCACUGCCUGGUUGAUGCUGCACUGAGCUGGGCGAGGGGAGUCCAAGCAGGGGACUCUUGGGGCUCGGGACCACACUGAGCUUUCCAGAACCACCCGCAGAGAAUGUGGGACCCAGGUUCUAUCUGCCCCUUCCCAGCACACAGAAUGACUCCAGUGGUUCCAUUGUCCUCACCUACCCUGUGUACCUGCUUGCCUCCCUCAGCCGCCCUGCCUCCCCUGGGCUGGUCCACUCACCCACAGUGGAGGUGCCUGGGAUCUGCACCUCCUCCCUUUUUACCCACCUGUAUGCCUAACCUGGCCUUAGACUGAGCUUUAUUUAAGAAUAAAAUCGUGGUGGUGGUC